AUGAGCGGCGAAGACCAAGUUUCCGUGGCGACGCCACACGAAGUCGAGAGCAAUGAUGAUGUCGAAAACAAGGAAUCAUCAGCUCUGAUGAGACUCUACUCCCAUCCAUGGACACAGAUCCUCCUCAUUAGCUUCAUCUGCUUCUGCAUGCCAGGCAUGUUCAAUGCGCUCUCAGGCCUGGGAGGCUCGGGCCAAGUCGACUCGACCGUCGCCGCCAACGCCAACGUUGCUCUCCUCUCGACCACCGCAGUAGCCGCCCUCUUCAUCGUUGGUCCCAUCUUCUCCUUUGUCGGUCCCAAGAUCUGCUUCCUGAUGGGCGGCUGGACCUACGCCUUGUACAGCGGAAGUCUCCUCAGCUUCAACCGUAAGCCAGCUACUUCCCGAACCCCUCAACACCCGCUGACCAUCCCAGACAACGCAAACGGCGCCUUCGUCAUCGCCGCCGGUGCGGUUCUCGGCAUCGGCUCCUCCUUCAUCUGGAUCGUUCAAGGCGCCAUCAUGACGACCUACGUCCACGAAUCCCAAAAGGGCCGCGCCAUCGCCGUCUUCUGGAUCAUCUUCAACCUCGGCGGCGGCGUCGGCUCCCUCGCCGCCUUCGGCCUCAACUUCCACUCCACGACAGGCACUGUCAACGACGCCACGUACAUUGCGCUGAUGACCAUAAUGCUCGUCGGCUGGGUCCUGGGGCUCUUCAUCUGCUCGCCGAAGCGCAUCCGCCUGGCGCAGCUGCAUGCCGCCACCGAGACGGAGAAGCAGAGCUUGAAGGGCAUGUUGGAGAUGUCUGUGGCGACGCUGUGUAAUUGGAGGGUGCUGUGCAUGCUGCCGCUGUUUUUCUGCGCCAACGUGUUCUACUCCUACCAGCAGAAUGAUGUGAACGGUAUGACGUUCAAUAUCAGGACCAGGUCGCUGAACGGAGCGCUGUACUGGUUCGCGCAGAUGGUUGGUGGGCUUGUCAUUGGUGUUCUUCUCGAUCUGCCUAUGCUUGAGCGUCCCGGACGUGCUAGACUCGGCUGGGUUUUGUUGUUCGUCACUGGUAUGGCGAUCUGGGGUGGUGGAUACGCUUUCCAGAAAUGGCAGGAUGCUCGUCACGCCCAGGGUCUUAUCCAGGAUAUCGACUACACGCAGGGCUCCCUCUCUACUGGACCGAUCUUCCUCUAUAUCUUCUACGGCGCUUACGAUUCUCUGUGGCAGUCCUACUGCUACUGGCUUAUGGGAACGCAAUCCAACUCCCCAGGUCGAGCUGCUGUUCUCGUCGGUGCGUACAAGGCGUUUCAAGCAGCUGGAGGGGCGAUGGCGUGGAGGAUUAAUGCCCAGAAUGCGAGUGCCAUGACGCAGCUCGCCAUGAACUGGGGGUUGAGCAUCGGAUCUCUGAUUCUGGCGUUGCCGACUGUGUUGACGGUCACCAAGAGCACGAGUGUUCUCGAGGAGGCCGGUGGGGAGGUUCCUCAGGAGAAGGCAGAGGAGAAGAUGGUCGAGGAUUCAUGA